UUGCCUUCGUCGAUCUCGUGCGGCGAAAUUGUGACCAUAGAUCGAGCGAGUGAGAGAAAAUUGCGAGGGUUUUAGUUCGCUAAUAAACGAUAUAAUUAAGGGAUAACGGAAUAGAAAAAUAGUUAAGGAUACAAUUCUUAUUUCUAGCGUAGUUAACGAUAUAUUUUAUUACCAGUUCGAGUGUUUCGUUGGAUAGUAAACAUUCUGGUGACGGCGUUUUUUUUCCGGCUUCUUUUACCUGUAGGGUGUUGCUUCUUUUUCGACGGCUAAAGUGGAUAUUUGUUCAUUGAUAUAUAUUGUCACAAAAAAUUCUGGACAGUAAAUUAUUAGACGCAUCACUCCAUGUAGAAAUCUUUCUCUCCGAGGGAACGUUAUCGCAUUCCACCCACUUCCCAACCUUCGCACUUUCAGAACUCUCAAAACUAUGUAAACUAUGCCGUGGUGUCCAUGCUCAACUUCCGGGACUUCUAAUGUCGCGCCACCGCUCUCCUUGCUGCCAACGUAGUAUGAGGAAACCCUGUCCGACAUUGGCCCGCCGUCAUUAUGGAGACAGUAGCGGAUUUAGCAGACGGGUGUCGUUCAGGUCGUCUUUGUACAAUGUGUGUGCGUUUGGAAUAUUACUGUGUAUUUUCGGAACAUUUGCGCGCGGUGCGGACGCGCAGUUCAAUUGCUCGAAAGGUUGCACGUGCAGCCCGUGGAUAUCGGGCAACGUUAAAUGGACGAAUGUAUCGUGCGUGGGCCAAGGGCUUACGGAAGUGCCAAAGGAUGGAAAGAAUGGAGCGGACGUGUUCAAACUUGAUAUCUCCUACAACAAUAUCUCCUCAAUAGCAAUAACUGACUUCCAGUUUUUCACUCACUUGAGAGAAUUAAAUAUGGGCUACAAUUUUAUUUCAACUAUUCCACUAGAAACGUUUACCAACCUGACCAACCUUCAAACAUUGAUUUUGGCUGGCAAUACAGAUUUUGCUAGUAACUAUGAUCCGAAUAUAUUCUCGGGUACCACUAUAGAAUCUUUAGAUCUUAGCCACAUGAAGCUCUCAAGUAUAGUGAAAGACAUGUUUAAACCACUGAGCAAGUUGAAAAUCUUAAAUCUUGGAUACAAUGGUAUAACAAGCCUUGAAGCCAACCUUUUCAAGAAUCUUAUUUUGGAACAAAUAAUUUUGAGUGGAAACCAGCUGACUGAAAAUGGUGUUCACAAAAAUGCUUUUAAGAAUAUGUCUUCGCCCAGCAUUUCAUUAGACCUGAGUAACAACCAAAUAUCAUCAGUUUCAAGUGAUGCCCUGGAUGAUGCAGAUGUUGUAACUAGUCUUGACUUAAGCUACAAUAAGAUUGAAAGCUUAGACAGCCUGGUUUUUAGAGAUGUGCCAAAGCUUGUGACUUUGAAUCUGGCUGGUAAUGCCUUGACUAAUCUACACAGUGGACUAUUUGAGGACAAUAAUGACCUUAUAAGCCUAAAUCUUCGCUCAAACAGAUUGACGACAAUCCCAGUUACGAUAUUCGACAACCAACCUAAGAUCUCUGUUGACCUCUCUGACAAUCCUUACACGUGUGAAUGCGCGGUGCGGAAUUUCUUAUAUAACCUUGAAUACGACCUUAGCAAAACUAUCAAAAACAUCGACCAGACAACCUGCCUUGAUUCCAGUAACACAGUGCAGGUGUACUUGGAUUUCUGGUCCGAUUGCUCGGAAGGAAACCUAGGUUCAAGCUGCGUCAACAUACACAACUGCAUGGUCCGUAACUCUGAGUGCAUUGCAGGCAAAUGUGUGUGCGCAAGUAUUUACUAUGACAACAAUGGGAAUACUACAGCCGGUGGACUUUGCAAAUCAAUGGUUGAGCUGGGAGUAGCUUGCACCCUAGACCAAGCAUGUCUCGCCAACUACUCCCACUGCGGCUCCAGUGGAAAGUGUGAGUGCCAGGCCGCGUACUACGACAACGAUGACACAAAUAACGUUGGCGGUACAUGCCUGCCCAAAAAAGCACUUCAUGCCAGUUGCAAUGCAACGUACCAAUGUGCGCCAGCUAAUUCAGAAUGCUCUGACAAUACUUGCGAGUGUCUGCCAAAUUUCUAUGACUUCAACAAUGUGGGCACUUGUCAAGUUGCAAAUGUGCGAAGAAAAAGGGACACCAUCAUGCAACGUUUAUGUAAAUUACAUUAUAUUGUUCCAUCGUCAAUAUGUGGAGUACAUGAUGAGAACCCAAUAGGACCCUCCAGUUUCUACUCCUGUGCACCAGACAACUCCACAUCCUUGGACUCAAAGGAAGUUCAUUUUGCGCAGGCCAUACAAGUGACCACAGACAUGGAAUGUGAAGAACAUUGCUUCUCAGAAAAUUACACACAUUACAUACAAAUAAGCAAUGUCUGCGUAUGUGGUACUGUUCAGGAUAGCGGAAAUUGCUGCCCGUAUGUGACAGCUAUCUGCAGAACAAAAUCAUUUCUGGGACCUAACGCAGUGGCCUCAAUUGCAGGAAUCAAUUUGUCUCAUGUACCACAACUAUAUGUUGGGCGAGCGCACAUGUUUUCGGUGACAACCACUCUUGGAAUCGUCGACCAAAUACGAUGGCAGUUUGGAGACUCCGAACAGGAAACUGUAAUAUCUGGGAAAACUUCCUCAGUGCAGCAUACCUAUACACAUUCAGGGAAGUUUUGGGUCACUGCAAAAGCAUGUGUAAACUCUACCAAUGCCUGCGAGUCAGCAACUAUUCCAGUGCGAGUGCAAGUACAGCCAUCCAAUCUCACCACUUACAUCACGGGCUACAACAAAGCUGACGUUUCAAAAAACCUCACUGACAUGUUCGCCAGUUUUGCCCUUGGAUACGACUUUUCUUUCUACUGGACAAAGAAGGGCUCCAACCUUGUUGAGUAUAAAAAACAAGGUUGCCCCACUAACUGGUUCUCCCACCGCUACUCGUGUAUCAAACUUGUCACAACACCUGCUUCCAGCUUUACAGCAGCUCAGACAGCGUGCAACUCAGAUGGAGGAAAACUUCUACAGAUAGACCACCUUGAGGAAUUGAGUGAAAUCAUUACAACUCUUAAAGCUUCAACGUCCACCUUCCUGCUCGGAGCACAGAAGGUGGGUGGGGUAUGGCAGUGGAAGCAGGACGGCUCUAAGACCUCAUUCUCAGACAGUGACCUUACUAGCACCACCAACGGGAACUGUGUCGUCCUCCAGGGGAGCUCUCAGAAACUGACCAGCAACAGUUGCACAACAACCGCCGCCUAUGCCUGUAUCAAAGACACAUUGGACUGCCCAAAAGGGGGCACAUAUCACACCAACAAGUACUGCUAUGUGAUACCAGUGGGUACGGGUAUGCAGAAAAACUGGAGUGACGCCCAGAUGUACUGCGAGUCCACAUACAAGGGAUGCCUGGCGAACAUUUCAGACGCCAGUACCCACACGUUGGUCACAGGCUUGCUGACCAACUCAAGCUUGAGCAAGGCGUGGUUUGGCCUGAGUGACCGAGGGGUGGAGGGUUACUACCUGUGGGCAGACGACACCUCGUUUGACCUGGCAACUGCCUCGUUCACAACGGUAACCAGUAACAACCAGGACUGCUUCUUCACAACCAGCUCCAAGACUUGGUCGUCAGAUCGAUGCUCGAUGAGUUACAACUUUGUCUGCCAAUACUCACAAAACAUGGAUCGUAUUACUGUGGCCACCUACACAACAGGAGCUCAAGACCUUGACAUGGCACCGGGGACAAACUUUGAGCAGAUUGUCUCCCAUGACAACUUCCCACAAACCGCAUCUGCAACAGAAAAUUAUCUCUUUCCAGGCAUGAUAUUCAGCAAGCCUGGCAAGGUGCGAUCAUGGAUCUUCCAUUCGAUUAAUAUCACAUCGUCAGGGAGUCACGAUAUUUCCCUUCAAGUCUUCCGUCCCUCCUGCUUGUCUGGAACCCUGUACCCCCCAGGUUGUGCUUCAACAAAGUUUUCCACCUGUUCUACGAGCACCUUCACGUGUAGCCCAAGCAGCAGCUGCACAUCCUCCCAGUACUUCUGCUACCUUGGAAACAUGUGUAAACCCUUCAACGAGACGUGCACCUGCAAUUCAGUAUCGUCUGCUGCAGCUUUUUGCUCUUCUGCUGUAGCAAGCUUCCCAAGAUACAAACUUGUCGGCCAGACACAGAUUACUGUUGCGAUAUCUGGCGAAAAGAUCUUUACGAUUCCUGCUGGUGAUAUUAGCGUACAGGAACUAGAUGUUGUGGGAAUCCAGUUUCCCUCUGGACAAAAUAUGAUAAAAUGCGAAAACAAAGCGUCAGGUCGCGACCAGCAAACAGUUUUCAAAGCAACAGGCCUUGGAUGGCUGGAUAAAAAUAGCAACUAUUCAACUUCAACAACAAACGAGGAACUUACCUGCUACCUUCAAGCAGUUUUUACUGAAGACCACAGGGAAUACUUUCCUGAAAACCUGGCUUUCUCGUCGGCAAUAGGCAAAUAUGAUUUUUCAAUAUCAAUUGUGGAAACCGAAUCAAAGACGCUUGAAGUGUCCUUAGCAGAAGGUGUGAGUGAUGUAUUCUGGGUGUACCCUGGCCUCAGUGUCGUUGGAGCGUCAAACACCUCGCUUGGUAAGAUUAACACGGAAUGGAACAAGACUUACGAUUUCACAGUCCGCGUCCAGAGAGGGACAGAUGUCUCCUCUGUUUGGUCGUUUGAUUCAACCAAGACAGUAAAUUUGACGGGUACAUGCACAACAGCUGUAACUGCUGAAACUGGCAGUCUGUGUAAUUCAUCUGUCUACUGGUCAGCAAAACCCUUUGCAGUAUAUACCCACACAAUUAAUACAACCGGGAAGCAGACUUUGACUUUAACAUUCUCAAAUAUCCUUGGAACAGUAAUAAAGACAUUAGAAAUUGAAACGGAAAAGAGAAUUCAGGGCUUUACAUUUGUGAAGACAUCUUCCAGUUUAGAACUAAAUGCAGUUGCAGUAAAUGAGGUUUCAGUGUUUCAGACGUCCAUAACUGAUGGAACUGGUGUCAGUUAUUCGUUUAAGGUCGGAGGAUCACUCGCUUCAUCAACAAACUCUACUCUACAGUACACAUUUAACACAGUGACAACGAUCAUUGUUGAAGCAACAGUUACGAACAUACUCUCCUAUCAACACUACCAAUCUUACUGUGUAUGUCAAAAAGAGAGCAAAUCUUAUUAA